AUGUUUAGUUUAAUCAAAUCAUGGGAUGAGCAACGCGUAGAAGGAUCACUUUAUUACUUAAAAUAUCAGUUACAACUCAAACAAGAAACUUAUGAUGAUCUUGUUUUAAUUGAAAUAUUAUUUGACAUAUCUUUACUUCAAAAUCAUAAGAUCAACGAAAUGUUUUCCAAGAUGAUGUCAAUACCAUCGCCUAGCAUUAUUCAGAUAUUUUCAGAAGAAUUUCCCCCAAGUCUAUUCUUAGCUUCCGUUCACGAAAAUGAGGAUGUUAGGAAAGUUGCCUGGAAUUGUAUGCAGAUUACUUGGAAAGAGUCCGAAUCAAAUUGGAAAAAUUGCCAUAAAAACGAACACUAUCAAUUAUUCAAGGAACUUUUAAAAUAUUAUCUUCAUAAUAAUUGGGGAAAAGCACAUUUUGAGUACCCUAUCACAAAAAAAGAAAUGCUUUUUUUGACUGGAAUUACAAAGAUCAUCUGUAUAUUGGAUUCCGAAAAACUUUAUAAUUUAAUAUAUGAGAAUAAUGAAUUCGAUAUUCCCAGAUUUUUAGUUGAAAAACUUAAAAAUAAUCAAAGCGAAAGCAAGUUCAUAGAGAUUAUAAGAUUUUUACGUGCACUUUUAUGUAAAUUAAAGGACCGCUUUUGGUCUAAUUCAACGGGACGUUCUCAUCUUGACAUUUUAUAUAGCAUAAUGGGUAACGAUAAUAAUAUCUUUUGUAAUGUAAUGGAAUCUACAAAAUCGGAAACGACAAAGAAAGCUACGUUCGAUUUGCUUCCAACGUUUAUAGAUUCUUUACGAGAUUAUGAUGAAAUAGAAUGUGAUAUUUGUAUUAGUACCAUUUUGGAUAAAUUACUUUGUUCAUUUCAGAAAAGUGAUAGGAACGUCGAGUUUUCUUUGAUGUCUUUGAAGAUGGCUUUGAAGAUUGUAAAAGAUUUUGAUUAUUCAAUUCAUCCUAAAUUGUAUAAGGAGUUUCAAAAGGCCGUUGAUGAUAGAUUAGGAAUAUAUCAUAAAAAUCUUCCAGGAACAGAACGUGAAAAGAUCAUUAAUGAAAUUUUAGAAUAUGUUGUUUACGACCAAAGUGAUGACGAAUUCAAUGGAUCAAUAUCUGGAUCAAUAGCAAAUCCAAGAGUAAUAGAAUCCGUACCGAUGAAGAGGCCUCUGGAAACAUCAUCAUCUGCAACGUCAUCUGAUUCUACUAAAGAACAAAAUUCACAACCUGUGGAAAAAAUUCCAUUUAAGACAAUGCCAAGGAAGCCUGUUUCUUGGAAUCCUCCAACUAGUGGUCAAAAUGUUCAAAAGGGAAAAAGCACUUUGAGUAAAUUGCGCGCAUCAUUUAUUAAGGAACAAAAGGAAAAGUUUGAAAUAGAAAAGAAAGCUAAAGAGGAACGUGAAAAGUAUGCAAAAAUUGAUGAGGAUCGUCGUAAAGCUCAACAUUUAUCAAAUAUUAGUAAAUCAAAUACCUCCCAAGCGGUUUCAUUGUCAAGAUCAGCAUCAAGCAAUGGAAGCUCGGAUAGCGCUAAUUUUAGAGAGGCAAAAAGAUUAAAGACGGUUAAUGAUGAAAGCUCAAAUCAUUCCAAACCAAAAUUACGAAAGUUUAAUCCACCGCAAAAGCAAAGACAAACAAAGAUGCUUGAUUUGAGUGAGGUAAUUAAACAUCAAUCAUUAUAUCAACAACGGGCAGUUGCUAAUAAGCGUAGAAAGGAUAACCUAGAAAAAAGAUUGAAACCAAAUCUAAAUAAUCUCUACAAGCAAGUAUUGUCUUGGGGUUUAGGAUCAAAGGGGGAUCUUCCGCCAAGUACCUCAAAAGAUCAAUACCUUCAAAUUCCAAAUACAUUCGAAAAUGUUGAACAAUACAUCAAAAUUUUCGAGCCAUUAUUGAUAUUGGAAUGUUGGCAAAGUUUCGUGCAAUCGAAAGAAGAUUUAGAUAUGGAUAAUGACAAGUAUGAUGUAUUGAUGAUUGAAAGCAUAGCUUCCAUUGAUGAUUUCCAAGAACUAUCAUGUAAAAUUAUCCCAGAUAAAAUGAAAAAUAUAGCGGAUGGUGAUUUGAUAAUUGUCAAACAAAACGUUUCAAAGGAUCAGGAUAACGGAACAACUGUGACUUCCAUAAUGUUCUUGGCUAUCGUGAAAUGUAUCACGAACCAUGAACGCGUAACAUUAUUUUGUUACUUACAAAAUAAUGAGGCGAAUAUCAGAAGCGAAUUGAGGCCAGGAACAAAUUUGAUCGUAUAUCGAAUUAUGAGUUUGACACCUCCUAAACGGGAGUAUGCUGCUUUAGUUGGGUUACCAUAUUUCCAGUACAAAGAUAUGAUCUUAAAUCCCAAAGGACAAAUUGCUAGUCCAGUUCCUGAAAAUGAAUUAGUCGAAUACAUGACAAAUUAUCGUAUUAAUCAAUCUCAAGCAGAGGCGGUUCACAAGGUUAUACAACAAAAAAAUGGCUUCUCGCUAAUACAAGGUCCUCCGGGAACUGGCAAGACAUCAACAAUUUUGGGAAUCAUAAGCGCCCUUCGAAAUUUAUCGGAUAAACGUCAUAAAAUUUUGGCAUGCGCGCCCAGUAAUGCGGCAGUAGAUGAGUUGGAAAGGAGGCUUAGACAAGGAAUUUACAAUUCUGAUGGUAAAAUCGUUCACCUGAAUGUCGUUAGAUUUGGUAAAUUAGAUAAUUCAGAAAAAGAUCCUAAUUCACCCGAAGGUGAACAAAAAUUGAAAUUGGAUCGAUAUGAGAAAAAAUUAAGGGGAUUAUAUAAAAAACGUCAUGAAACACGAAAUGGAUGGGAUUUAAGUAAGCUAGAUGCGGAAAUUGACCAAAUUAAUGCUGAAAUAGGGAAAAUACAUGAAACUUUGAGAAAUCUGAAAGCGGAACAGCAAAACCUUAAUCACUUGUCAAAGCGUGGAAAUUUGAGUAAUGCUGAUUUGAUUGAAGCUGAUGUUGUCUGUGCGACAUUAGCGGGGAGUGGGCACGAGACAUUUGCUAACAUUGGCAUGCAAUUUUCAACGGUUAUAGUCGAUGAAGCGGCCCAGGCCAUAGAGUUAAACACAUUAAUACCUCUCAAAUAUAACGCGAAUAGGAUUAUCUUGGUUGGAGAUCCAAACCAGUUGCCCCCAACGGUACUAUCCCAAAUUGCUACAAAUUAUUUAUAUGAACAAAGCUUAUUUGUUCGUUUUCAAAGAUGUUUUCCGGAGGCCAUUCAUUUGCUAAAUACGCAAUAUCGAAUGCAUCCGGAAAUCAGCAGAUUUCCAAGUCGCUUAUUUUAUAAUAAUACGUUAUUGGAUGCACCUGAACUAGGAAAAAAGAAACGCCAGGUGUGGCAUAAUUCGAAUAUCUUUGGACCGUAUAGAUUCUUUGAUGUCGAAGGGAGAAUGAAUCGAGAUAAGAAGAAAUCGUCAUAUAAUACUUAUGAGGCUUGUAUAGCCGUGAAAUUAUUCUUAACUUUGGUCAAUAAAUUCGAUAUGGUUGAUUUCAAAGAUACGGUCGGUAUUAUUACCCCUUACAAACGGCAAUUGAUUGAGCUCAGGACAAAGUUUAGGCAAUUAGUUCCCGAGUCGUACUAUAAUAGAAUAGAAUUCAACACCGUGGAUGGGUUUCAAGGGCGAGAGAAAGAUAUAAUAAUCUUUUCUUGUGUUCGAGUCGGCGAAGAUAAGGGGAUUGGAUUCCUUCAAGAUAUUCGUCGUAUGAACGUUGCUCUUACCAGAGCUAAAAGUUCCUUAUUUAUCCUUGGUAAUAAAGCUGCAUUAGAGAGUAAUUCUCAAUGGAAUGAGUUAAUUCAAGAUGCAAUUCAACGAGGAUUAUAUACUGAUGUAAGUGUCAAAGAGAUUGAACUUG